AGGGAAUAUCCUAAAGCGGGGUUUGUGACACACAAAGAUGAUGGAUUCUUCUACAAAAGAUAAAGAAUUUCAGCCUCCACCUGAUUUUGUGCAGAUGAACAAUCUUGCUGGUGAGAAUGUCGGUGGAAAGGUGCUAUUUGCAACAGACGACUGGUUUGCCCCUGCGGAAAAUCUUUUAGAAAAAUCUGAUCCAGAGUUCAAAGCAGGUCUGUUUACGGGGUUUGGAAAAUGGAUGGAUGGUUGGGAAACAAGAAGAAAGAGAAUCCCAGGACAUGACUGGUGUAUAAUUCAGUUGGGUAUACCCGGGGUUAUUCACGGACUUGGUGUGGAUACCCUUUUCUUUACCGGAAACCACGCUCCCCGAAUUUCUGUCCAAGCAGCUUGCUUAAAACCAGAAAAGAUAACAUUGCCUCCAAGGAUGAACAAAACUGGAACUGCUGCGACAGUUGAAGAAUUUAAUGCUGCCGAAAAGCUUAAUUCAGAAAAGUGGGAUUACCUGCUUAAAAUGACGGAGCUCAGGCCAGGGUACGCGGAAUCAAAUCACAACUACUUUCAUGUCACUUCCAGAGAGAGGUGGACUCAUAUCCGGCUUAAUAUGUACCCAGAUGGAGGAAUAGCCCGCUUUAAAGUGUAUGGGACUGGACAAAGAGAAUGGUCCUCAUGUGGUCCCAAUGAAUUAGAAGACUUACUGUCGAUGGCCAAUGGAGGUGUCUGCCUCGGUUACAGUGAUGCACAUUUUGGACAUCCCAGGAAUCUCAUCGGUUUGGGAAGAGCUGAGGACAUGGGGGAUGGCUGGGAGACGGCAAGACGGCUUGACAGGCCACCCAUCUUAAAGGCUGACAGUAAAGGAAUCCUCCAAGUUCCUGGGAGUGAAUGGACAAUAUUCAGACUUGGCCAUCCAGGGUUAAUCACACAUAUAGAAAUAGAUACCAAUCACUUCAAAGGUAAUGCCCCAAACUCUUGCAGAAUCGAUGCUUGUAUAUUGCAGCCAAAAGAGGAACGUGAGAUCAAUAACAAGUGGGCUGCUCAACAAGGACUUAAAUGGAAACCUCUUCUCCCGCUCACCCAGAUGCAUCCUCACAGGAGACAUUUUUUUGAUGCCACUUUAUUGACACUACAAGAGGUUAUAACCCAUGUGAAGAUUACAAUUGCUCCAGAUGGCGGCGUGAGCAGAAUUCGACUUUGGGGUUUUCCUCGACCUCUACCUAAAAGCAUUGUGUGAAAAGCAGUCCUUUAGUGGAAUGUCACGGAGAUCUGUUUCUGUGUUUGUAAUAAACUAGAUCAGUCCACACAUA